AUGGAAGGCACUAAGUGGGCCAUAUUGAUCGGAGUCGACUAUUACCAAGACGGUAAAGAACGCACAGAUAUCAAAUUCCGUAGCCUAAAGGGGUCCGUGGAGGAUAUACGACAGAUUGAAGAAUUACUACGCACUCGAUUCGACUUCAAUGAUCCUUAUAUAAUUCGGUUAACCGCAACCACGCCGGACAGCGGCCAAGGCGACCCAAAGGAGCUCCCACCGCACAGGCCAACCUACGAGAAUAUUAUUCAAGCAUUUGAAAGGGUGAUCCGGGAAGCCAAUCCUCACGAUAUUGUCUACAUUCACUAUUCAGGUCACGGCGCACGUGUUGACACCAUUUUUCCAGACAUAAAAGAAAAACGCCUCGAUGAGGCACUCGUGCCUACUGAUAUUUCUUGUCAAGGACGGUAUGUCCGCGAUGUAGAAAUAGCAUACUUAAUCAACAAGCUGGUGGAUAAGAAACUCAUUGUUACCCUCGUGCUUGACUGUUGUCAUUCUGGAGGGGCCAACCGGAGUGGUGGUCCCGGUUGUGGUCCCAGUGGCGGCACCAUUCGGGGAAUAGAUAGAGUCGGAAAAAACAUUCCGGAACGUGAUUUUUCGCUACUAUCCCCCCAAAAGGAACUUAUCGCAGUCUGGAAGGAGCCCGAACCUAAAAAUCAACGUGCUGCAACUGUCGAAAAUCAUUGGCUACUCGAAUCUCGUGGAUAUGCCUUUCUCGCUGCGUGCAGGACGAACGAGUUUGCCAUGGAAGACGUAUUUGAUAAAAAGACACAAGGCCUCUUAACGCACACUAUGAUAAAUAUUAUUAAGGCCAGCACGGCUUCCCUCACUUACUACGGAUUAUACAACCUUGUCAGAGCAAAAGUGCUUGAACAUAACAGUCAACAGACCGUUGUACUUGGCGGUGAAGCUGAUCGCAUAUUCCUUUCUUCAGAUUGCCGCAAGUUGCAUUCCAUGGUUCCUAUAAAAAGAGUUACCAAAGAAGGAGGAAAGCUUCAUAUUCAUUUAGAUGUUGGCUCUACCCACGGGAUUCCAGAUGAUGCCAGCAUCGACGUUUGGCCUCCGUCAUACUCCGGCUCUGAUUACGAACCCUCUGAGAAAAGCGCCGUCUUUCGUACGGUCAAAAUAGAAGGGCUUACAUUAGAUGCCGAGCUAGAAAAAUGGGGUGCAAAAGGAGAGCACCAGAUACAGCCUGGAUUUUUAGCCCAACCGCAUACAUUUUCAAAGAAGCGAGUUUACCUCGAUCCCAUCAAUAAUUCCGGCAUGGGUCAAGCCAAACCUCCACUUUGGAGGCAUGGAGAGAAAGAAACCCUGAUCCCUCCUCAAGAUCUAGCCAAAGUAAAGAGGAUACUGGAGACACACAACAUCCCCAUAUCGGAUGAUCCAGCGAACGCUUCCUUCCAAGUACACGUGGAGGAUGGAAACUAUAAAACGCUCUGCAACACCAAGAAACUACCCAAUCGAAUUGCACUACCACCUCUACCCAUCGACGAUGAGAGUGCAGCAGAAAAGCUGGCCCGUUGUAUAAAGCAUGCCACAAAAUACUAUGAUAUACUCGAAUUAUCAAACCCAGAGAUAGGGUCCCCCGGCCAGUGGGUAUCCGCAUCUUUAUCUAUGAAGAAAGGACUCCCCCCAGUACCAAUGGCUCGACUAUUUAACCAUCAACCUGAUAACACGCUAGAAAGCAAAAGCUGUGAGGUUGAGGCAGCUGAUGUAGUUACGGUCCUUGUGACAAAUAUUUCCAGCACCGAAAAACAUAUUACGGUUCUAGAUCUCGAUGAUUCGGGAUGUGUUAUGCAGAUAUUUCCCUGCGCACCUGGUGGAACGCAGCAGUUGCUAGCGCCAAACGAGACCCUAUCCCUUCCAUUGGUCGUGGACUCUACAGAGGAGAAUGUUGCACCGGGCCAAAUUAUCGACACAAUCAAAAUUAUUGCUACAAAAGAACCCACUAACUUCCGGUGGCUGGAAUUGCCAAGUCUUGAUAAAAUUAAAUCUGGAACUUCAAAUCGGGGUGAUGACAUCAACAAGAAACAUGAAAAUGCCUUUGAACUUUUACAGCAGGUUACAAGGGAAACGGCACCAAAGGCGCGAAGUGUGUCGGUGCGCAACUCUGACACGGCUUGGUGGGACACAGCGCAAGUUACUUUGAGAUUGUCGAUGGGGAAACCUGAAUGGGAUCUCGAGCGCAAUCAAGAAGAAGCUGCUCCAAGGGCAGCGCCCUUGGAAACCCAGUUAUCAAUGCCGCAAGAUUCGGAUACGGGGACUGAAGAUGACGGUUCGAGCCAGAAAAGCUUUAUAUCAACCGAGACCGAGUCGAGUUUGACCGGGGAAGAGAGCGAUUCGAGUGCAGAAGGGAGCUUGAGCAAGCCGAAGAAUAUGUCUAGUUACGCGGAAGAGAACUUAAGCAUUUACAAGGCGAACGCUGGUCUGAAAACUUGUGCUGUCAUGAAGGGAUCACGUUCGUACCAGUUCUCAACCAUUCUACCGUGGGGAUUGUUAGGCACAGCAAUAUUUUGGAUCAUGAUUGGCCAAACUUGGUACCAAAGCUAUAUUACCAAAAACCCACAUUAA